AUGACCAAAAGGAAACGGACAUCGGCCGAGAAUACAUCGGAUGCCUUGCCGGACUCGGGCGAUCUACAUGGGAAGGACCUAAGCGUGAUGGAUGUCCUGCCGGGGAUCACCCGCAAAAUCACAGCCUGUGGAGCCUGUAGGAAGCAAAAGAUCAAAUGUGACAUGUCCGAGGGCCCACCUUGUACUCGAUGCCGGCGUCGAGGACUAUCGUGUGUUUUGAACAAGAGCCUUCAGUCAUUGGUGGAAGAAGUGAAGAAUACAGAUAUCCUGCAACGCGACAUCCGAAAUGUCCACGAAGCUUUAAUCAAUAUCUGCCAACAUCUUAGCUUGCCUCAACCAAAGCCGUUGGAAUCGACCAUUGCAGAGCCGCGGGUUCAAAGCAAAGCUGAUGUGAAUGAAGAGCUAGAACGAGACACGGAAGAUCUUGACGGCUGCGAGAUCUCGCCGCCCGAUACCCCGUCUGCAGUGCAAGCUCCAAUCGAUACGUAUCUGGACAUUGCGAAACUCGGUAGCCCUGGAUCUUCCGAGCACACGCCCGGUAGCACCACCCGACCACGGGCCCACCACCCGCCCCAGGAUUUAGUGGCCAAAGGGAUUAUCGAUUUGAAUGUAAGAGAAUCUCUCGUCGAGCGGUACUUUACAAAACUGGAUCCCUACCUGUAUGGAAUCUGCAGCGGGUACCAGAGCUUGCAGCAACUACGGACCACAUCACCUUUGUUAUUUGCGGCCAUUUGUACAGUUUCAGCACUACAGGACCCACAUGGUCAGUCGGUGUACGAAGCGUGCAAUCGAGAAUUUCGUCGACUUAUGUCCCGAUCGGUGUUUGAAAAGCAUGAUCUAGAAUAUGUACGAGCCUUGUGCAUCAGCUCCUUCUGGCUUUCUGAUGCGUCAAGAAUCCUAUCUAGUGAUGCCGUCCGGCGCGCAGCUGAUAUGAGGUUACACCGUAGCUUCAAUCAUCUAUCAAGCUCGGUGGACCCCAAGCUACUAGCCAGCCCGGGUGGCCAACCCCCUGGGCCAACUGAAGUAUCGGCCAUGAAGGACAAAGUACGACUGUGGUACCUAAUAUUCAUCUCCGACCAACAUCUCUCUAUUCUCCACAAUUGGGAUCCUCUAUUGCGGAGCGACAAAGAGAUUGCUCUGAACUGGGAAAGCUUCUUAACUAGAGACGACACAACGGACUCCGACGUUCGGCUUAUCUCGCAGGUCGCGCUCUUGGUGAUCAUGAGCCAAGUGCGCGAUUUGCUUGGAUCAGACCAAGAAACCCGCGUACCCCAAUCGCUUGCAAACCAAAUCAUUCACUAUUCACGUCAGCUUGACCGGUGGUUCAACCGGUUCUCCGCCAUAUUCAAGCCCGACCCUUACAUCGGCGACUUUCCCAAACGGGGUCUACAGUUGCACUACCACUUCGGAAAAUUGUACCUGGGACACCAGGUGUUUAAGGGACUCAACGGAGAAGCCAUCCCGCCGCAUUUCAUCACGGCAGCAGGCAUGGCCCACGAAGCUGCGGUGGCAAUUUUCGAGAUGAUCCUGCACGAGGAGCAACUUCGCCACAGCCUGGUCGGCAUGCCGCACUACUUCCACAUCAUGAUUGCCUUUGCCGGGCAUUUCCUGCUGGAAGCGACGAAGAACUACCACGCGCAGCUCUCGAUUUCGCCCGCGCAGGACUGCGAGCUUAUCCGGAAGGUCCUGGAGCUUUUCCAGGAUACGCCGAGCAUCCACCAGCAUCCGAUUUGUCGAAUGACGCCUGGGCUGACCCGGAAGCUCCACGAAUGUGUGGGUUCGCUGCAACGAGAGGGCGGGCACCUAGUUCCCUCACUACCGGGGUCGACCCACCCCAUGGACUACCAGACGCCACAUCUUCAGGGCCAAAUCCAUCCAGCCCCUGGACCCUUUUCAUUUCCAGGGGAGACACUGGUGACUCCUGUGGAUGACUUUUUGCUAGCUGAUUUCGGAGAGUUUACGUUUCCGGGCAUGAUGUCAAACGGGAUGACUUAG